AGUUAAUCUAUCACACUGGCGCCAUCAUUUCUACUUAUGCUCUGCUGUCUCACAACAACAAAGUACUGAUGUACUCAAAAGGAGUGACACUUACUGUGGUACAAACCCGCCUUCUGUGUUCAGGUUCAAUUUAGACAAACACGCAAUGCUCGAAGCGAAACAAAAAACAACAUGAGAAUAGAAUGAAAGUAAAAGUAAAGAAGGGUAUAAAAGCUCAUCUUGCAACCGGUUAUGGAGACAUUAGUAGAGUUGAAACUACCGGUGCUUCCUGGGAGACGUCUCAGCAGGACAAACUCGGUUACUCAGGUGUGCAGGCCUCAGAAAAAAUGGCACAAAUGGAUUCUGGAAGAAUGGAGAAUUACAAAUCAGAAAUCAACAGAGUGGGAAGUAAGUUAGGUAUUGAUCCUGACCUUAUUGCUGCCAUCAUCUCAAGAGAGUCAAGAGCUGGAAAUACCCUGCAGAAUGGUUGGGGUGACCACCAAAACGCCUGGGGACUCAUGCAGGUUGAUAUUAGAUAUAACGAUAAAAAGGGAAACUGGAACAGUGAAGAGCAUCUCCACCACGCCACAGGGAUCCUGGUUCAUUUUAUUACAAGGAUUCAGAGCAAGUUCCCAAAUUGGAACAAGGAGCAGCAGCUGAAAGGAGGGAUAGCGGCCUACAAUAUGGGAGAUGGUAAUGUCCAUUCAUAUGAAAAUGUGGAUGCCCACACAACUGGUGGGGACUACUCCAAUGACGUUGUUGCCAGAGCCCAGUGGUAUAAAAUCCAUGGUUUUUGAAGUCGGCAGCUGAUAAACCAGCGUAUAUCAUGCAAACUAAAACAUUCUGCUUGUUUUUAAUGCAACAGUUACUGUUUAGAUCUGACAUGAUUUUAAAAGCAGAUCUUAGAACAUUUAGAACAUCGUCUCCGAAGAAUCUUUAGGGAUGAAUCUUCCAACCCAGGUUAAGAAAAGCCUCUAAACCUGAUCAGUGUCGUAUAAAGUGAAGCAUUGGACAAAAUGACUGCAGAUAUUAUCGUGUUAACUAAGUCAUUACAAAGUCAACAUAAAAAACGCUUGGGUUGAUUAUUCAGAAAAUCAAUAUUUACAAGUUUUCAAUCAACUUUGAUUAUAUUUUCUUUGACUCUCAAUGUAUAUUUAAAGAGUAAAUUUUAAACGUCAUGGGUCAGUUUUGAAUUAAAUGCUGAAAAAUUAAAAGAUUGUGCAACGUUUGUGUGUGAACCAGGGUUGUUUUCGGCAGCCUUCUUAGUUUUAGUCUUUUUGAUGGAAAUGCUUAUUUGUUUUAGUCACAUUUAUUCAAUUUUAUAUGUGAUAGUUCUAGUCCAGUGGCAGAAUUGAGGAGAUCCUCGAAGUACUCCUUCCACUGCCCGAAAAUGUCCACUGUUGAGGUCAGCAGCUCUGCACCCCCACUGUAAACAGUGGAAGAAGCAAUUCUUCCCCCUCCCGAGGCGCCGGUUUGCUAAAAUUACUCUGAGGCCGACCGGUAGUCCUUCUCCAUGGCCCCACCGAACUCCUCCCCAGCCCGAGUUUUUGCCUUUUAGACGACAGAAAUAAAACAUCUUUCUAGCAAGUAUUUCAUUAGAUCCUGAUAGAUGUGUUAUGUUAUGGAAUCAAUUGCAUAUGUAGUUCUUCAAGUUGAACAAGCAUUGUUUAUUUCCUGGUUCUGUUAAAAGGUUCCUGAAAAGCCACGCCCACAUAAAAAUCUGGCUUAGCAACAAAAUACAUUACAGACUUGUUGUCAGUGGAUCAACCAGCCAAACCUCUCAGGUCUUCUGGCUCAAAUCUACUCUACAUACCCAGAACCAGAACCAAACAUGGAGAAGCAGCUUUUAGUUC